CAUACAGAAGCAUCACAACAGAGAAAUAAUCUUGUUCUCCCAUUUUGGCCCCCAACAAAUCCUGCGUUACAUGGAAUGAAACCAGCAUUUGACAUUCGCUGCAUGAUAACUCAUUAUUAACACCCCAGAUCCGUGUGUGAAAUCGGAGCUCUCAGCGGCGACUCGUCCUUGGAAGCGAGGGGCGGCUUCGCAGCGCUUCCCUGUGGUCUUCUGGUGGGCGAUGGGCGGGCCUCUAGGGCUGCGCGGCCGACGCUGAGCUGCUCCCGCUGAGUCUCCACCGCCGAGGCGCUAUGGCUAAGGAUUACCCGCUGUUGGCGUCCGCCGUGCUCCUGCUCACACUGCUGCUCCCGCAAGGUCGAAAAAAAGCUACAAUGCGGAGCAAUGAGGACUUCGCCGAACUACCACAGAAUCUGUCAAAACAAAAAGAUGGACUGCCCUGGACCGACUCUAUCUCAGAGCAGAGGUUGCUGAAAGUUCUAGCUAACCACGAUAGCUCAGUGGCAACAUCUUUACCUGUGCAAACUCAUUAUAUGGGAAGAGCAUGGGUUAGAGUCAAUACUGAUGGGUUUUCGACAUUAGAUAGUUACAAUCGAGCAGGAUUUCAAUAA